UGUAGCACAAAAUUAAGUUUAUAUUUCAAUUCUACCAAUAUUUUGUAUAUUUUAUUUAAAUGGUAUAUACACAAAUGUAUUCGAAUGAAACGAUACCUAUUUAAUAAACAAUAAUUUGUUCAUUGUAUUGAUAACCUAUUAUAAAGUGAAAUAACGUCACUUGUAGCAACGCUUCAAUUUUUUUACCUACAUCCUAAUUUUAAAAAACAAUGUAAGCUUUAUGGUUUUUUUGUUAUCAUUACCGUGUUUCACUAAUUGACCAGGAGUAUCGAUGAGGUAUGGAUAGCAAGAUUUUGAAAGCAAUAAUAUACAGUUCCGAAAGCAUCUCGAAAGAUCUUGAAAAAUCGGAAGAAUGUCAGAAAUUAGGUCAGGAAGGAAAAUUUUUACCAACGUCUGAUAGAAUAUUUAAUGUAUUGUGUUUAUCUUUGACGAAUUUGUUGUCUUACAAAGUAUCGAAAGAAGCUUGCCAGCGUUAUACCGUACGACUUAACGUAAUUGAUGUUCUACGAGAUUGGUGUAGAAUUACGGAUGUCUUUAAACAUUUAAGGAUAUUUACAGAUGAGAAGCAAACUUCUGCAUUCUUAAAAAAUCUAUUGGAAAAAUAUUUAACAAACGAUGUUUUAGAUACGUGCGAAACCAGUGAUAAUUUAUUGCCACUUACUAGUGCAUUGAUGUGUUUAACAUCCACAAAUCCAUACUAUAAACGUUAUGUGGAAAAAUUACUUUCAAAACUUCUAGAAUUGGAACCCUGUGACGAAAGUGAACGAUUAUUAUGCUAUGCAGUGCAAAAGAACUCCAACUUGAAUCUGGAGUUUUUAACAACAGAAAGCAUAUACGAUUCACAACGAUUCAAGUUAAUAGAGCAACCAUUGUUAAACUAUUUUGUGUCGUCGUUUGAUGUAAAUAAAGAUGGUAAUAAUUUAAUAUCAGAGAACAUGAAUUUGAUAGAACAAUUGUUUGAAUUUGCCAGUAUGUCUCCGUGUAUUUUCUUGUUAAUAUGUGCCUUUUUAAAAGAAUUAUUAAUACAAUUAGAGUAUUGUCCUACGGUUAUGAAUUUUAUACAGACAAUUUUGACUGAUAUUAAAAAAUGUUGCAAAGAUCGAGAGAAAGAUAUACUGGAUCUUUACCCAAGAAAUUUGCAAUCUGUUAUAAUUUUAUUAAGAAUUGAACCAACGUAUCAUACAAUUGAUUCAAAAAAUUCUACAUUAAGAAUAUUAGAAAGCAUACAUUUGGAAGAUAGAGAUACUGCAACAGUUUUGUUGUCACAUUUCCCUCAGUGGUUAAAACUAUUCGGAGAACUUCUACUUUCAAAUUCAGACAUUUAAUG